AUGGAUUCCGCAGCCGGAAGCCCACAAGUCGGGACCUCCACUGUCACCACAGCCUCCAAGGCCGAGACUAUCACCUCCCAAUCUUCGGGAUCACUAUCUCCACCCACUUUCCUCCACGAUCUUCAAUCCAGGAUCGACAUCGCAGUUCGGGAGUCAACACAUGCCGAAACACUCCAUGCCUACGAUAUUGGGGUUAUGGCCACUCUGGAAAGCAUGAAGAAGUACUGGGCCCACCGAAGCAACAACCUUCACAUCAGCGUUUCCGAGAAGCGCAUCUUUCGCCGCGAGACCGAGAGGCUUGACAUGUUGCUCGCCGAGGCCCGAGAGGAGACGCAGAAGAGCGACAAGGCACUGGAGGCCAAGCUUAGGGCCGUGGAGCGAUUGAGAAGAGGCCUGGGAGAAGAGAUCCGGUGCGGUUUUCGACGGAGGAACUCGAAAUGA